UACCACUAAAAUUGAAGGGAUACCACUCACGAAUCCCCACCAACCCUCCUGCACCAAAAACUAACCCAGGCCAGGACUGACAUUCCUAAACCCUGUGCAGACUUGGGAACAAGGUACAGUCUCUGCAACGGCAAUGCAUCCAUUACAAACUUGUACACUUAUUUUCUUUACUUUUGCGUUCAACGCAAACGCGCAGUAUGAGACCUAUAGCUUUAGAAGUUUCCCUAGGCAAGAACUUAUGCCCCUGGACUCCGCUUACAAAUAUGCUUUGGACCAGUACACCGGUGAGAACUGGAAAGAGAGCGUGGAUUACAUAGAAAUGAGUCUCAGGCUGUACCGGUUGCUGAAAGACAGCGAGGCGUUCUGCAAUCUCAACUGUAGUACCGUUCGGAUGGACAGUGAGGCGAAGUUUGCGGAUUUUGCCGAACUGCAGGUAUUCGGGAACAUCAUGAAACGGGCCCAGUGUUUGAAGAGAUGUAAACAGGGUCUGCCUGCUUUCAGACAGUCUAUGCCAAGCAGAGAUACAGUAGACGAAUUCGAGAGACGAGAGCCUUACAAAUUCCUCCAGUUUGCGUACUUUAAGUCUGACAACAUUGCCAAAGCUGUUUCUGCAGCUCACACCUUCCUCCUAAAGCACCCUGAGGAUGAGAUGAUGAAGAGGAACAUGGCUUAUUACAAGAGUUUGCCUGGGGCUGAGGAGCACCUCAGAGAUCUGGAGACCAAGGCCUAUGAGGCGCUGUUUAUACGAGCAGUGCGGGCGUAUAACGGGGACAAUUACCGCACCUCUGUCUCGGACAUGGAGCUUGCCCUGCCCAGCUUCUUCAAAGCCUUUGACGAGUGUCUCGCUGCCUGCGAGGGGUCCAGGGAAAUCAACGAGUUCAAAGACUUCUACCCCUCCAUAGCAGACCAUUUCAUUGAGGUUCUGGAUUGUAAAGUGAAGUGUGAAAGUGACCUAACUCCAGUAGUUGGCGGCUUUGUUGUAGAAAAGUUUGUGGCAACCAUGUACCAUUACCUGCAGUUUGCCUAUUACAAAUUAAAUGACCUGAAACAUGCAGCGCCCUGCGUUGCGAGCUACUUGCUGCUCGACCCCAGUGAUGAAGUGAUGAAACAAAAUAUGGUCUAUUAUCAGUACCACAAGGAGAAAUGGGAUCUCACAGAUGAAGACUUCCUGCCAAGAGCUGAGGCAGUACGAUAUUUUAACGAGACCACAAUACAGCUGAAUAUUCUUGAGUUUGCUUCACAACAUUUGCUGCCUGAUGAUGAGGCGGAAGUGGUGGAAUUUCUUGACGAACUUCUGGAGACUGAUGAUAUUGGCUAAUCUUGGUGACAGAAACCAACUUUCCAAAACAGGCUAAAGAAAAAAAUAUAUACUUUUUUUUGUGAAUUUACUGCUCAUCAAAUGAGAGUGCCAAUUGUUCUGUAUUUUGUGGUGUUUUCUGUUAUGUGGACUAAUAUUAUCUGCUUCGCCAGACCCUAGUGGCCUUCAAACUAAUUACACUUGGCCUCCAUACAGAAAACGGAUGAAUUAAGGGGCGUUCACACCGGACACGGCGCGCAUGCCGCCUGCUUGCGCGUCGUGCUGCAGUACUGUUCACAUUAAACACGGCAGGGUAAAGUCAGUGGGUGGUCUGUUGUUAUGUCACGGCUGCAGGUACAGUGGCUUUUGGUUGCCGAGCAACAAACAAUAAAUGCCAGUGGGAAAAUAACACUUUUGACAGAACUAAAGACAAAACUGAGGAGCGAAACAUUAUAAAUAUUUUUUUAUAAAACCUAAUUGUAACCACCACAAUCAAACCCCCUCCUUUUUUAUUAAUUUUGUUAAAAACUCUUCAAAUAUAAUAAUGUACAUUAAAAUAAAAUGUUUUGCUUUUAAAAGUUUGUCUGUAGUUUAAUUUAUAAAAAAAACAAAAAAUGCUUACGUUAUAGUAGCAGGUGCAUAAUUAUUUUCAAUGUGGAGUUUAGCACAAAAAAUAUAUAUUCUCAUUUAUGUAAUUAUGUAUAUUUAAUAUUCACUCGGUAAUCCCAUUUGUACACCCACAGACCUCCAUGCUGCAGCUUUUUUAUUAAUAUCGCGGUAACUAUUAAUUGUUGUAUUAUCCAACGCCAGGAAAUCUUAAAUUAAAGCUUUACAGCUUUUCUUUGUUUAUUUCUUCCUCACAAAGGAACCUCCUACUUUUCCCUGAUUGGAUGUUGGUAGGUUACGUCAUGACUCGGCGCAGUAAAAGUUUAAAAUAUUUUCUCUCUUGCGUGCCGCUCUGCGGUACCGCGUUCGUCUGACGUUGCGCGUAACUGCCUUCAUUGAAAACCAUUGCUUUUGCCGCGCGGCAGUGCCCCUCCGCGUCCAGUGUGAACGCCCCUUUAGUCUGCUACAAAAACCUAUUUUAACAUUUCAGUCAAGACACAUGAUCUCUCUGCUUGAUUUGUAUUUAUUUGGAGUACUGGAUUUUUCACUCUUGUUGUAAGCCUAUGCUUUUAAUUAUUUUUAUUUUUAUUUUAUUUUUAUUUUUUUAAAUGUUUUAAUUUGUCUUACUGAAUGCUUGUGUGGGGUUUUUUUUUUUUUUUUAAAGAAAAAAAGGUGUUACAUGUUUGUAUAGUGCUAACCUUUCUAGUAUAUUCAAAGUGUGUUCUCUGUAACCUCCUUCUCCAAGGAGAGACACAGUAUGCCUAUGUGGCCAGCCAAUUGCUUUGCCCUGAGGGCUUAUGCUUUUAAAUAUAUAUAUAUUUCCAAUGCAACCAAAUUUCCUCUUGAUACAAGUGCUUUUACUAACCAUCUGAUGACCUGAUAAUGAAAUUCCAAUAUUUCAGAGGAACGUGACUUUGUGGGUCUGUCAUGUCUGUCCGCAAGCAUGAUCUUGUAAUGAAUAUCCUCCGAGCAGCCUUGCAGAUGUCGCUGUAAUGUAUUGGCAUCUCAGCCCAUUGAAUUGAAUGCGAACUGCAAAUCAUAUGGUUCAAAGACAAACGUCUUACCAUUCAACUAAAGAGCAAGGUCUGUAGUCGAGAGAGAAGUACAUGUGUCUGAUGCUGAUGUCAGUAUUAUUAACGCAACAGCCACUGGGAGGAGAUGCCUUCGAGGUCACAACACAAAAGAAGCAGCGCUGUUUACCACAGUGCAGUCCAGCUCUUGGCGGUUGCCUUUCUGUCCGUCUGAUUGGUGAUGUGUAUGUAUGUUUGUAGCCAGAUGGACGUGACGGAAUAUUAUGUGCCUGAAAAGCUGUCCCAACUCUCCUGAGAAGGAGUUUGCAGGACAGGGUGAUGACGAAUAGGGAUCAACGCUUCUGGUUAGCCACAACAGAUGGGGGAUCUGGGUAGAUGAAACAGUGACCUAAGUGUAUGGUUAAUACACCCAUACUGUGUGAGCUUUUACUAUUAAGUUUAUACCUUCUGUUGCUGUAGUUCAGUCUGGCUGCCACACGCGUUGCCCUGUGUACUGUAUACAGCUGACGCUGUCAGUGUAAUAGAACUACAACUACUGAACAUAUAAAGUUAAAUCAUGUACAAAUCGGCACAAGCGUUGAUACACACCAGUCCUGGUUGAGGAACUACCCUCAAUUCAUAUUAUUCAACUAAUCAGGUGCCAGGGGUACAAGCAGUCAGGCCCCUGGUAAAUAAAUGGAUCCUCCCCAAGCGCUACACUAAACCCACAUCCUCAGGUGAGACUUCAAGUGCAACUUGUUUGGUGGAGAUGUUUCAGGGGCUUGAUUGCUUACCUAAACAAGGGGAGUUAUGAAACCCAGGACUGGGGGCAGGACCAGUUUGAAUUUCUAAUGUUGCAAAAGAUUGUGAAAACAGAUUCUAGGACUGCAUAUCAUUGUGAAUCAUAAGGGUCACGUUAACAAAGUAAAUCAGUUUCUAGAAUUAGGAUUUGAGAGUUUCGUUGAGAAUAUAAGUCAUGUCAUUAUGAUUAGACAAUACAUUAAGUGGUACAUUAAUUGCAUGACAGGAAGCAAACACAUUGAAUAUGGAUGCUGUAUCUUGAAUCUGUAGCUGGCUUGGUGAAUUCCGUUUAAAAUCCACAGUACAAAAAAAAAAAUGUAUACAUUUUUCUCAGAAUAUUUGUAAAGUAUUAUGAUCAGUAAAGCUUUUUUAAUAUUUUUAUUUGGAUUCUUUGUGUGUGUGUGUAUUUAAAUUAAAUGUAACACAUUAAAGUGUUUGUAAUCAUCACAUAUUACUGUUCCUGCAUGCAUGGAUACUUGGCAUGUUUUUUAAUGUUACAUGCAUAUGUUUUUAAAUGUUUUGGAUUAUUGUGGUAUCGCAACAGUGCCAUCCAGUGGAUAGAGAGAAAAACACCGUUUGUUAAAACGACUGUCCAAUGAAAAGAUAUUUUCAAUAACUUAACCCUAAAAGAACAAGGUUUUUUAAGAUAUUUUGCCUAUAAGUGAUGGCCAAAAAUGUAAUAUUUACAAUGGAAGUUUACGUUUAAUGGAAAAGUAAAGGAGUGGCAAACACUGUUGCAGCAGCAAAGGUCAUUCAAAAUGAUCUAGACAGCAUUCAGAACUGGGCAGACACACGGCAAAUGACAUUUAAUAGAGAAAAGUGUAAAGUAUUGCACGCAGGCAAUACAAAUGUGCAUUAUAAAUAUCAUAUGGGAAAUUGAAGACAGGAACUAUGAAAAAGACCUAGGAGUUUAUGUUAACUUAGAAAUGUCUUCAUCUAGACCAUGUGGGGAAGCUAUAAAAAAGGCCAACAAGAUGCUCGGAUAUAUUGUGAGAAGUGUUGAAUUUAAAUCAAGGAAAGUAAUGUUAAAACAUUACUUUCCUUACAAUGCGUUAGUAAGACCUCACCUAGAAUAUUGUGUUCAGUUCGGGUCACCUCAUUACAAAAAAGAUGCUGCUCUAGAAAGAGUGCAAAGAAGAGCAACCAGAAUUAUCCUGGGUUUAAAAGGCAUGUCAUAUGCAGACAGGCUAAAAUAAUUGAAUCUAUUCAGUCUUGAACAAAGAAGACUACGUGGCGAUCUAAUUCAAACCUUCAAAAUCCAAAAGGUAUAGACAAUGUCGACCCAGGGGACUUUUUUGACCUGAAAAAAGAAACAAGGACCAGGGGUCACAAAUGGAGAUUAGAUAAAGGGGCAUUCAGAACAGAAAAUAGGAGGCACUUUUUUACACAGAAUUGUGAGGGUCUGGAACCAACUCCCCAGUAAUGUUGUUGAAGCUGACACCCUGGGAUCCUUCAAGAAGCUGCUUGAUGAGAUUCUGGGAUCAAUAAGCUACUAACAACCAAACAAGCAAGAUGGGCUAAA